UGCGCCUCCUGCCCUGGUGGGGGUGGCCACAAAGAUUGGCAGGGCACUGAUACUGCGGGGGCGACCAGAGGGCGCUGGCGGGUCCCCACCUGCUGCCGGCACUGUGUGGGAGUUGCCAGAGCUCCUGCUGCUGGGUUCGGGCGCCACCAGCGUAGUGGGGCUGGGAAUUUGGAGUAGAGGGGCGAGCGCCAUAGGUUUGGUGGUCGGUCAGCGGAGUGGGAUCCCCCCGGGAAGGAAACAUCAGAUGGGAAGACAGCGACAGCUGGUCUCGGGAGGCCGCUGGAUUAGCCCUCUUCAGCUCCCGCCUUCCCGGUCCUUGACUGGAAAGAGAGGGCCGGCGAGCCGGCGUGAGCUGAGGGACCCGCCCCGCCCCUGGCCUCCAGCUGCAGCCUGAGGUUGUGUUCCCACGCAUUCACUUCUUCGCCCUACUACCUCCUACCCGAAUCCCCCGCCCCUUCACGCCCACCCCCACAACUAGCAAGCUAGCUAGGGUGCGAGAGAGGCGCGAGUUUGUGGUCCGGGUGAGGAGGCCUCCUCUGUGUCUACCUUGUGCCAGAUCCAGCGCGGGAGCAGACAUCACUUCUGCUCCCCACCGGUCCUGCUUCUGGCCAAGCCACAGGGAGGCCCUCGGGACGACUUCACCCUGUUUUCCUUUCCUCCAAGUUUCAUCAUUUUUUUUUUUUUUUUUAGAGAUUUUAAAAUUAUCUAUCUAUCUAUUUUGGCGUUUGUGGCAUCUAAUUGUACGAGCACACUGUGCAGGAAAAACUGAAGCUGCAGUGCCCCUGUCCAGGGAGCCAUCCCAAAUGGAGGCAGGCAGCACCCUCACCCCUUUAGGCAUUCAUUCUGGCGCUUAGAUCGCGGGAAACGUCAAUGGGAUUCCCGCGUCAAGUUCCAGACUUAUUUCUCCUAGGCGUAUUCUCACUCCUCUGGGGAAGGGAACAUAGUAGGAAGAGGAUCUGGAGUAGGGUGAGUGCACUGCCAGGGACCAAGUUCUCUAGGACUCAUUCUGCGUAGAGAACGUAUCAACAGUCCUAGUGACCUGCAUCAUGCCCGUGAACGGAACGGUUGCGAGUCCCGCAGUCUCAACCGCGCAAAGCCCUAGCACAAGGAGUUCUGCCCCGGCAUGGAGUCCCCAGCGCCCUGGUUUCUGAACUUGCUGAGGCUUGCCAGUGCCGCUCUGCCCGUAGAAAAUACAGCUGUCUUGAGAACCCGGCCCCCAUCGCCUUCGCAGAGAAAGGAAGACAGAUUCGUUUACCCCAGACUCCUUGGUCGCGGGGUUCCGCCCCCGGAGCCCGCCGCUAGCCAGGCUGGAGUCGCCGCCCCGCCUCCCCGCCGGGCUCCGGUUUCGACCCGAGAUUAGGUGAACUGAUUGGGAUUUAAUGAGAGCGACGCAGCAGACAGCUAGCUCCCUACUGCGCUGGCUCCCGGACCCUCGUUUUCUGUCCACGGCCAGCACAGCCGGCACGCCGCUCAGUUGUCUUUCUUGUCCGUUAAGCCAUGGGUGCUCCAUGAACUUAGGACGCCGCGCGGUUCCCAUUCAGCACGCCCAGGUCUCUGCUGGGGCUGAAGGAACACUUGGAGUGACUGUGGGCUGACGGAGGCUAUAGGAGCAUUUGGAAAGGAGUGGGGAAAGCGUUGGGCCACCAUGCCGCGCUCUUUUCUCGUAAAGAGCAAGAAGGCUCACAGCUACCACCAACCACGCUCCCCGGGACCAGACUACUCCCCCCGUUUGGAGAAUGUACCAGCACCAGGCCGAACAGACAGCAUUUCGAGUUCAGGAGAGGGGAAGGCGGAGCCCGGGGACCGUUUGUCCCCUGAGUCUCAACUGAUCGAGGCCCAGGACAGAGCCUCUGCGUCUCCGGACAGCUGCGAGGGCAGCGUCUGCGACCGGAGCUCGGAGUUUGAGGAUUUUUGGAGGCCUCCUUCACCCUCCGUGUCUCCAGCGUCAGAGAAAUCCAUGUGUCAGUCGCUGGACGAAGCCCAACCCUUCCCUCUGCCUUUCAAGCCGUACUCAUGGAGUGGCCUGACGGGUUCUGACCUACGGCACCUGGUGCAGAGCUACCGGCCUUGUACAGCUCUGGAACGCGGCCCCGGCCUCGGUCUCUUCUGCGAGCGUACACCGGAGCCUGGCCACCCGGCCUCGCUCUACGGCCCAGAGAGGGCUGCAGGCGGCGCGGGGGCCGGAGCCCCAGGAAGUUGCAGCACAGGAGGUGGCGCUGGCGGUGGCGUGGGCCUGGGGCUCUAUGGCGACUUUGGAUCUGCUGCGGCCGGGCUGUAUGAGCGGUCGACGGCAGUGGCUGGCCGGCUGUACCCGGAUCGCGGCCACGAGCUACACGCGGAAAAGGGUGCUGGUGUCAAGGUGGAAUCUGAGUUGCUGUGCACCCGCCUUCUGCUGGGCGGCGGCUCCUACAAGUGUAUCAAGUGCAGCAAGGUGUUCUCCACGCCGCACGGGCUCGAGGUCCACGUGCGCAGGUCCCACAGCGGCACCAGACCCUUUGCCUGCGAGAUGUGCGGCAAGACCUUCGGGCACGCGGUGAGCCUGGAGCAGCACAAAGCCGUGCACUCGCAGGAGCGCAGCUUUGACUGUAAGAUCUGUGGCAAGAGCUUCAAGAGAUCAUCUACACUGUCCACACACCUGCUUAUUCACUCAGACACUCGGCCUUACCCCUGUCAGUACUGUGGCAAGAGGUUCCACCAGAAGUCAGAUAUGAAGAAACACACCUUCAUCCACACUGGUGAGAAGCCCCACAAGUGCCAGGUGUGUGGCAAGGCAUUCAGCCAGAGCUCCAACCUCAUCACCCACAGCCGCAAACACACAGGCUUCAAACCCUUUGGUUGUGACCUGUGUGGGAAGGGCUUCCAGAGGAAGGUGGAUCUCCGGAGGCACAGAGAGACACAGCAUGGGCUCAAAUGAGCACCCUCACUAGCUGCAAGCAGCAGCUACACGACACUACGGAGGAUGGCUUCCCUGCUUGCCUCUAGCCUCUCUAAUUUCUCAGGCCCCCCAGUCCAGUCUGCAGAUCCCACCAAGGUGAAUCCCCUUCACCUUACUUUCUGUAGCUGCCAGAGGGAACAAGUUACCUUUUUAAAGUUCUUUGCCGAGUGGGAACCACAGCAACUCGCUGGACUUUAGGCUACUCUACACCUGAAGAUGUGAAGUCAAGUGGGGAUCAGAUAAAAUCUUGGACUCCACAGUUCUUCUCAUUUCUACCCUGUUCCACAGACAAGAAACUUCUUCAGGCGUUGUCCCUCUUCCUGAAUUCCCCUAGAUACUUAUGUGGAAGAGAAGGAGCCCCCAUUUACAAGUGGACACAUGCUAUAGUUUUAGCUAGAAAGAAGAGUGAGUGUUUUUUUUGUUGUUGUUGUUGUUGUUGUUUUGUUUCCUUCUGGAAAGUUUGUUGACCCCUUUUUGUUUGGGUGCUGCCUGUAAAUCUCAGAGGAAUCAUUUCUCCUCCUUGAAGAGUGGUUCAGAAACUGAUUUGGGGAAGGAUCUUAAUUAUUUUGAAAUCACCAGAUGCACCAUCAAGCCUGCCCCAGGAAGAAACAGAAAAAUAGACUUGGUGAUGAGAGGAGGAUCAGAGGUCCUUUCUGCAGGAGGCCUGUGAAGGCCUCAUCAGAGGUUAAAAACGUGAAGCAGUGAACGAGAUGUCAUUCAUUCAUUCAGCAAAUAUUUAUUAACCUUUGGUUACCAAGGUACCAGUUACUAUGCUAGGUACUGAAGAGCCAGAGAUUAAAAUCAUAGCUCCUGCCUCUGCCCCGCAAAAGCUAACAUUUGUACCUCCAGGUGGCUGGGGUCUGUGCUUUUUUCCCUUCCAAGGGAAUGCUGAGAUGAGAACACAGAAUCUUGAACCUUCCUUUUUGAUCCUUUUGGAUUUUUAUCAAGUAUAAAAAGUAGCUGAAGAGUUAUUUCAAAGAUUCAUGUGUAUACUCAGUUUUUAUUGUUAAGCUGAUAUUUUUAAGAUGUCUGAGCUUGUAGGCACAUAGGGUUGAAGGCCCUCUGUCUUCAACUCUUUGGCCUUCCACAUGUACCAUAUGGGGGGAAAGGCGAUAUUUUUACUUUGAUGAAGUUUGUAAAUGAUUUUAGAUCUUUGGGAGUGCAUUAUGUUUGUUAUUACAUAUUUAUUAGAGUGAUGUAUUAAGUUAAUAAAACAUUAAGACUAUUA